AUGUCGGCCCUCCAGUCCUUCAGCAAGUGGCUGCACCUGAAGCAGUACCAGAUUGAGGUCACCUUCAGCGUGUACAUCUUCACGCCUCUUGAGAAGUUCAUUUUCUACACCUUCCUCUUCCUCCUCAGCAGUCUGACCAUCAUCGCGACCAUCUUGUACCUCCCCCAGCACAUCGCCUUCAUCCUGAACCGCGCGUGGUUCUACAUGCACGGCGACCCGAUCGAUGCGGUCGUCGCCGCGGUGGAGGUCACCAAGGCCGCGGUCGAGAGUUUGAUGUCCGAGUCGACUACGACGGCGGCGGCUGCGCUCGCCAAGGAGACGGUUGAGAUUGUCAAGGAGCUGUAA